AUGCUGUCCCACAACAGACUCUGUGUCCUGUGCAUCUAUCAGUUACGUUACCAUGUGUUUGUCUCUACUAUUCCAGGGAUCACGCUGUGGGGCCUGGAACAGCUUCUCAAGGAUGUAAACACAAAACCACAACCCUGGACUAACUAUGAGAUCAUCGCAUCCGACACCAUUGAAGACAAGGCCAGUGCCCUCAAUGUCACAGCCUCGCUGAAGGCCAGUUUCCUUGGGGGGUUGAUUGAAGUAAGUGGAUCUGCCAAAUACUUAAAUGACACCAAAAAAUCCAAACAACAGGCCAGAGUUACUCUCCAGUACUCUGCCACAACAAAGUUUGAGCACCUAACUAUGAGCCAUUUAGGACCAAAGAAUGUCUCUUAUCCUGCUGUAUUUGACCAAGGCACGGCCACCCAUGUGGUCACGGCUGUGCUGUACGGGGCUCAGGCUUUCUUCGUGUUUGAUCGGGAAGUUUCUUCUUCUGAGAAUGUACGUGACAUAGAGGGAAAGCUCCAGAUUGCAAUUAAAAAGAUACCCCUGUUUUCCAUAGAAGGGGAAGGAGCUGUCAAAAUGGAUGACAAGGAAAAAUUAAAUGCUGAAAAAUUUAACUGCAAGUUCCAUGGUGAUUUUGCUCUUGAGAGAAAUCCAACUAAUUUCCAAGAUGCCAUGAAAAUUUAUUCCACCCUCCCCAAGCUGCUGGGUGCCAGCGGGGAGAAGGCCGUACCGGUGAGAGUCUGGCUGUACCCGCUGACCAAGCUGGAUUCCAGAGCUGCUCGGCUGGUGCGUGAGAUCAGCUUAACACUGAUUUCUGAUGCUCAGACUGCUAUGGAGGAACUGGCAGAACUAAACAUGCGAUGCAAUGACAUGGAGAAGAAUCCGAUCGCCACAAGCUUCCCCGAAAUCAAGCGGAAAAUCCAGCAAUUCAGAGAUCUGUGUAAGCAACACAGACAGACUUUCCAGAAACAGCUAGCAGGACUCUUGCCAUCUAUCCGUGGAGGUGGAGAAGAGGAAGGGGCCCUGGUGGAUAUUUUAUCAUGUAAAAACCAGUCACCGUUCAAUACCCAGCGACUCAGUGAAUUUCUGGAUACAAAGGAGAAAGAGAUGGAUUAUGUGAAUUCCUACCUUAGGAUCUUAAGCAAUGUAGGAGUUGUGUCCUCCCAGAGUGAACUACGUGAAAUAGUACUCGACCCUGAGCUUGACUUCAUCGUCUCCUUUACAUUCACCUCACUGCGUGAAGAGGAGCCAUAUUUAUCAGAUUUAAAACAAUGGCUUCAGACCCAGUUUAUAAAGGAAACUCAUGAUCCUGCAUCAGCCAGUUCUGUCGCUGAGAAACCAAAAUCCAAAGUGUGGUUUGAGGAAAAAGAAAUAUAUCAAAAAGCUCGAAAAUCUGCAAGGUCCCUUUCACAUUUUGUCAGUGUCAACAAAUCUAACGGGAAGACUCGGUUCAUUGUGGCUUCUGUUCCAGAUGAGGACAAUCCAGGCACUGCCAUUUACCUGUAUGAGGAUGGAGAUCUGGUCAGCACCAACUUUGAGCCUCCAUCAAAGCCUCUUCGUCCCCUGAUUGAUGGAAUCAGACAUGACCGUGUGCAGCUCACAUUUAAGCCAUCAGACUCUGGAAGGGCUGAGAUAUCCGGCUAUCGGGCAGAGUACAGAAUUGUAGGGCAGGAGAACUGGACGGCUGUGAAUGUAAAUAACACACAAGUGACAUUCACAGUAACAGGGCUACGUGCAAACACCGAGUACCAGUUCCGAUAUGCUGCAAUGAGCAAACCAGGGCUCAGCGAGAGCAGCGACGUGAGUGAUCCUGUGAAGACUCUCCCUACCAGCCCGCCUGGGAAGCCUGUAACAGCUACUGUAGAUUCAUCAGCCAUCGCCCUCACCUGGGAGAGUCCAACUGUGGUUGGAGAAGGAGUCAUUAUAAGUGAGUAUAAGGUGGAAUAUAAAGAGGAGUCCAGAGAUAUGAGUCAUGAAGGGAAAGACGAAUGGAUAGACCAAAGAACAGAAGAGAAAACCGAGUUCUGUAACGUUUAUGCGCUGAGGCCUGAGACGCCCUACAGAUUCCGAGUGUCGGCUGUGUGUGCGGACGGAGCUGUGAGUGACCCAAGUGAGGAGAUUUCCAUUUCAACAGUGAAGGUCUGGGCAAAUCUCCCAGUAACAAGUCUGGCCUGUGUGGAGAACGCAGCCAUUGAGAUGCCGGCUCUGGGUCGUCCUUUCCAGCUGGGGAUGCUGUAUGAUUGCCGCACAGACUCCAUCAUCCCAGGUAUCACACUAUUGGACAGUGCGGCUCUUAGAAAGGACGUGGAUAUGCAAAAACAAUACAAGACUGAAUUUCAGGUUAUUGCAUCUGACACCAUUGCGGCUAAGGCCUCUGCACUCCUUGCUGGUGAAUCGCUGAAGGCCAGUUUCCUGUGUGGUUUAGUUGAAAUGAAUGGAUCUGCUGUAUAUUUAAGUGACACCAGGAAAUCCAGACAUGAGGCCCGAGUGACUCUCCAAUACAAAAUGACAACGAGGUCUGAGCAUCUGACAAUGAGCCAUUUAGGACAGCAGGUUACUUAUCCUGCUGUAUUCGACCAAGGCAAAGCAACCCAUGUGGUCACAGCUGUGCUGUAUGGGGCUCAGGCUUUCUUUGUGUUUGAUCGGGAAGUUUCUUCACCUGAGAGUAUAGAAGAGAUACAGGGAAAGAUGAAACUUACGAUAGAAAAAAUACCAAAGAUUUCAGAAGAAGAUGGAGAGUCCAAAAUGGAGGAUAAGGAAAUAGAAAAGACUGAAAAAAUCACUUGUACGUUCUAUGGUGACUUUGGUCUUGAGAACAAUCCAGUUACUUAUCAAGAUGCCAUAAAAGUUUAUUCCACCCUCUCUAAGUUGCUGGGAGCCAAUGGGGAGAAGGCCAUACCAGUGACAGUCCGACUGUAUCCACUCAUCAAGCAAGAUUCCAGAGGCACUCAGCUGAUACGUGAGAUCAGCGUUGGGCUGAUUUCCAAUGUUGAAGCUGUCGUGGAGCACCUCACAGAAUUAGACACGCGGUGCAAUGACAUGAUGAAGGACAGAACUGCCACAACUUUCCCUGAAAUCAAGAGGAAAGUCCAGCAAUUCCAAGCUCUGUGUAAUCAGUACAGACAGGCUUUCCAGCGACAGCUAUCAGAACUCUUACCCUGUAUCCGUGGAGGAGGAGCAGAGGAAGGGGCCCUGGGGGACAUUUUAAGCAGCAAAGAACAAUCACCAUUCAAUACCCAGAGACUCAAUGAAUUUCUGGAUACCAAGGAGCAAGAGAUGAAUUUAGUGGAUUUCUACCUUACUGUGCUACAGAAUGUGGAAGUCGUAUCCUCCAAGAGUGAACUAGAAAAAAUAGUACUCAGCCCUAAGCAUGAUUCUGUUGUGUCUUUCACACUUACUUCAUUACACAACAAAGAACAAUAUUUAUUAGAUUUGAACUUUUGGCUUAAAAGACAGUUUCUGGAGAAAAUUCAAGAAUCAGCACCAGCCAGUUCUCCCUAUGAGAAAUCAAACUCCAAACAGUGGUUUGAGGAUGAAGAGAUAAGAAGAAAAGCACGAAAAUUCACAAAGUCCUUCUUAGACUUUACUAAUGUCAAUAAAUCUCAAGCAAAGACCCGGUUCAUUGUGGCCUCCGUUCCAGAUGAGGACCAUCCAGGAGCUUCGAUUUACCUGUAUGCAGAUGGAGAGCUGGUCAGCCCCAAUUUCGAGCCUCCAUCAAAGCCUCUUCCUGCCCUGAUGGAUGGAAUCAGACAUGACCGUGUGCAGCUCACGUUUAACCCAGCAGCCUAUGGCAGGGCUGCGAUAUCCGGCUAUCGGGCAGAGUACAGAAUUGUAGGGCAGGAGAACUGGACGGCUGUGGAUGUAAAUAACACACAAGAGACAUUCACAGUAACGGGGCUACGUGCAAACACCGAGUACCAGUUCCGAUACGCUGCCGUGAGCAAACCAGGGCUCAGCGAGAGCAGUGACGUGAGUGAUCCUGUGAAGACUCUCCCUAGCCGUAGAGUCAGUUUCCGUGUCGACCAGCCCUAA